AUGCAGAAAGCAACAUACUACGACAACUCUGGACUCUUCGGAGGCUACGGUUACACCAAGGCUGACUCGUACAACUACGCGCACCAGUCAUACCCCGCGGCCAAUAUUGACGCAGACUACCAGGGCUCCGUUUGCCCCAUCCAGACCCCCGCUGUCCGGCCGCUGACCCUCAAAGAGGGCGAUUUAAAUGGGGACUGUAUGCAGCGGCAAAGCAGCAAUGGCAGCGGCAGUCAAAGCAACAACAACACAAACAGCAACAGCAGCAGUAGCAGCAGUAGCAGCAGCCAAGCGUCGAGUGUCGGGGAGCAGCAGCAGGCCGGAGCCCCGCUGCCACCAUCGCCCGGCUCCAAUGGCUCUGCGCCCCAGAAAAAGAAGCCUCCAUCAGGGAGCAGCAACGCGUCGCCAGCCCUGACCAAGCAGAUCUUUCCGUGGAUGAAGGAGACCAGGCAGAACGCCAAACAGAAGCAGAAUAACAACUGCCCCGCUGCAGGUAUGCUUCACAAUGCUCGCGAGGUGAGCGACGAAAAAAGCCCGACCGGGCCGGCGUCCAAGCGCGUCCGAACGGCGUACACCAGCGCGCAGCUGGUAGAGCUGGAGAAGGAGUUCCACUUCAACCGCUACCUCUGCCGCCCACGCAGAGUGGAGAUGGCCAACCUGCUGAACCUGACCGAGCGCCAGAUCAAGAUCUGGUUCCAGAACAGGAGAAUGAAGUACAAAAAGGACCAAAAGUCCAAGGGGAUCGCGCACUCCCCCCUGGGGCACUCCCCGGACCGAAGCCCGCCGCUUUCGGGCCCCAAUCACAUGGGCUACUCUGGCCAGCUGGGGAACUCGCUGGCCUACGACGCGCCGUCGCCGCCGCCCUUCGCCAAGCCCCAGCAGAACAUGUACGGCCUGGCCGCCUACACGGCGCCGCUGGGCGGCUGCAUCCCCCAGCAGAAGCGCUACCAGAACGCCGAGUACGAGCACCACGGCAUACAGAGCAAUGGCGCCACAUUCGCCAGCGCCAAUUUGCAGGGCAGCCCCGUAUACGUGGGGGGGAACUUUGUGGAUUCCAUGCCGGCGUCGGGUCCAGUCUUCAACCUGGGCCACCUUCCCCACCCGUCGUCCACCAGCGUGGACUACAGCUGCGCCGCCCAGAUCCCCGGCAACCACCACCACGGACCCUGUGACCCCCACCCCACCUACACGGACCUCACCUCGCACCAAGCCACUCAGGGAAGGAUUCAGGAAGCGCCUAAACUCACGCACUUGUAA